AUGUCUCUGGACCGGCGGCCGCUGUUGAGUGAACGCCUGCUGCGCUAUCAGCCGUGGAGCCUCUCCUCUGACGACUUCAGUGCGCUGUGCAAGGAGCGGCAGCCAGAGGCGUCGCAAAUGUUCAGUCUCGCUGACGAUCUGUACGCCUUCUAUCGUGUCUACAGGUACGAUGCAGCUGACAUCUAUUCAUUCUACAAAGACGAUUUCAAGAUUGUAGAUGAGGAGUGGCAGCUGGAGGACAGAACCCACGCUACGCUCUCCGUGAACACUGACUGCGUGCAGCUCUCCGUGAACACUGACUGCGUGCAGCUGUUGGUGAACACCCUGGACCACCCCACGUGUCCGCUGGAAGACCUGCCACUGGAAGCCGUGAAGCAGCGCGAGCAGUGCCACGAGCAGCUGUGGGACGACGUGGAGCAGUGGUCGCCCCCACAUACCCGUCACCAGCUACCUGGCCUACACGCAGAGGAUAAACGUCAACCUCUGUCUGCUGGCCUGGAUGGCGCGCUGACUGCUGCGGGCCACACGCUGUGGCGUGCCACCCCUCUGGCCGCCCUCACCAGCUGCGGCGCCAGCACUGCUGUGGAGGCCGCGGCUGGCUGGCUGGGUGGGGAGCUGGCCCCGCCCCUGCAGGUCUCCUCUGGAGGAGGGCUGGCGGCCCCCCACCCAGCCAGUGGCCACGUGGGGCCCGCGGCGGCAGCUCGCCACAGCACUGCCCGGCCGACACGUGCGCCACAGAGGCGUCUCGCGCACAGUGCUGGACACUUCCGAGCUGUGGCGGAGUGUGUUCCCGCGGCGCGAGUCGCCCAGUGCGGGGGUGGGGCCCGUGGCCCGCUGCGUGGGAGGCCGGCGUGCCUGCAGCCAGACGCACAGGCCGGGGAGCACGUGGAGGAGGCGCGCCAGUCGGCCGAGAUGAGAGUACAGAAUGCCCGGAGUCAUCAUUCGCGGCCCAGCCUGGACUGGAGAUCUGAAGUCACCAGGAAAGGCUCCCACCGGCUGCCGCUCCAGUCUGGAGCGCCCUGCCGCCUGCAGCCCAGCCUGGAGUCUCCUCUCCAGCCCCGCACUGCCAGCUCUGACACCAACGUGACACUCCUGGAGCAGCCGCCCCCCGCGUGGCCACCUGCGCGGCGCCUGGCAGACCGCCUCAGAGACUCCGGACUGCCGCCGCCGCCAGCAGGUGGGGCGGAGGAGGGAGGGUGGUGCGCCGGCGUCCUGGCGCAGAUCCGCCGCCUCACGAGGGGCGAAUCCCGGCAAUUCCUCGAGAAGGUCGACUGCCGGAUGGCUGACGACUGUAUCAACUCCCGCUGUGGUAACCACACGAGUGAUCAGCAACUCCACCGUUGGAUUAAGGACAUGGAACGUGUGAAAUACAUGCUGCGCACGAAAUUAACCGGAUGGUUACAGGACUUGCAAUUAUCCAGCAAACAGAUGGAGCACUACGAGGUGGAAGAAGACAAGGACAGGCCAGGGCACUUGAUACUCAGGCGGCCGCUGUUGAGUGAACGCCUGCUGCGCUAUCAGCCGUGGAACCCCUCCUUUGACGACGACUUCAGUGCGCUGUGCAAGGAGCGGCAGCCAGAGGCGUCGCAAAUGUUCGGCCUCGCUGACGAACUGUACGCCUUCUAUCGUGUCUACUGGUCCAUUGCAGCUGAGUACAUCGAUUCAUUCUACGAAGAAGAUUUCAAGAUUGUAGACGAGGAGUGGCAGCUGGAGGACAGAAGCCACGAUACGCUCUCCGUGGGCACUGACUGCGUGCAGCUGUUGGUGAACGCCCUGGACCACCCCACGUGUCCGCUGGAAGACCUGCCACUGGAAGCCGUGAAGCAGCGCGAGCAGUGCCGCGAGCAGCUGUGGGACGACGUGGUGCAGAGGUCGCCCCACGUACCCGUCACCAGCUACCUGGCCUACACGCAGAGGGCGAACGUCAACCUCUGCCUGCUGGCCUGGAUGGCGGUCAACUCGUACGGCAUUUGUCAGGACGUCCCGUUUAGUAUGAUACAGUCCCUGCACGAUGCUCGCUGCUAUUUCGAUAGUCCUCACGAUCAAUCAUGUCUGCAGUCGAACGCUACAGACGCCAUCUGCUCUGUUUCCAGAGCUAUCCUGUUGCUAAAGUGUCGCGGCUUUUCCUCCAUCAGGACUUCCCAUAAUUGUACGAUCAUUAUUUCCGCAGUUGGAAUAUUCCAUAUUCGUAGCAGUGUACUGUAUCAAAAGCUAAGAGAAGAAACACUGAACUACAAAAACGGUUUAAACGACGCAACCUUGAAAUACAAAGAUUUCAAAAUAGACAGCUUGAAGCCUUUAGAAAUAUCAUUUGUAUUGGUAAAUAUAAUUUUCCGUUUUUCCACUGCCGGAGUAUACAUGUACCUUCCCCAGUUACGUAACUUGCCUGGAAAGAUAUUCUUGUCCUUUCAGAUCACGUGCAUAGUCCAGAUCCUGUGUUCGGAGGUCGUGUAUCGUAUGGCAGGCGUCCCUGACUUACCUACAGCAGUGCUGAUAGACAGCGCCCUCACACUUCUCAGCUGUAUCUGGCUGAACUCAUUCUGCUACCAGAUGUAUGCUUGUGUUCGCCAUCUCAGGCUUCCUGACCAGCUACUACCUGCUGAAGUAAGCCAGUUAUUCCGCCGUGAGGUGCUGUAUGUGCUUAUACCGUGGAGUGUAGUAUGUGUGCCAGCUGUAGCUUUGGAAAAGACGAGUAAAUAUUACCUGAUCCACAGUCGUAUAGUAGUCCUUGCAGGGAUUUCAGUGUCUGUGGCAUUCAACUUGGUUUGUCUCGGACUGGUUGGAUACAUGUACCUACGUACUCGGUGCUCCAUGCGGCAACUCAAAAUUGUUGAUAACAAGAAAUUUGCCUCAAAGAAGCAAUGUCUUUUUAUGUCAGUUAAAGCCAUUAUAUUAAGUGGAAUAGGAAUUAUUAUUAGAAUUGGGUUCCACCAGGCUCAGGGAAUAGCGCAGUUAGUGUACUAUGUACAUCUAGCUACGAUGGUGCAAGGACCAGUGCUCUUCGUCUUUUUCGUUUGCAAUGGAACGACGCUCCCCGUACUGAAGAACAGGAUACUUCUUUGGUGGAACCCAACCGACAUCCCUGCAGGUCUAGAGCUGUGUUCGGCAGCCGAGAGGAAUCUGGCCAGGAGAAACAAUGAACAGUCUCCCUUUUCAGAAUCCUCGGUCUAGCCUCCUUCAGUAUUUUUCGCAAAUAACUGUCUCCACACUACACUGCAUUAAGCUCAGCAAUAAAAAUGGACUCUACCUGGUAUGACAAUAUUAAAUGUCAUUAAAUCUGAUAUCGUACAGCCAGUACUUGUCUUUCCUAACGUCUCCCUCAUUUAUAACUGUGUGCUUAUUUGUGAGUGGUAGCCUCUGUCUACCUAUUCUAAUGCACUGAGACUACUUACUAAAAUUGUUGGGAAAUGCUUUGUGUAUACAAUAGGCUGCGUCAAUCACACGGCCUGUUAUAUACAAGGAAAACGCAGCACGUUGUCUGAGGAAUUCCCUUGUUCGUAGGACGUCUUUUCUCCGUUUUCCGUCGAGGAUCUGUCUUUGCAGUUUGUCGGUUUUAUUAAUGUAUAAUGUAUGAUAUUAGUAUAUAUCAUAUUAUGUCUGAAACAAGGAAAUUUUCCAUAUGUGUGUGAAAGAUGUAGUUUUACACGAUUUGUAAUUCACGUACCAUGACAAGAAACAUUCAGAUACUUAUAAAAUCAAAAGAGAGGGGCCAAUGACUGAAGUGGUGUGUGCAUGAAAGUGUAAAUGGGUUUGUUGAGCUUAUUAAUGGUUCGAUUACAUAGAGUGGCUCAAACAGGUAUAGUAAUAAAGUAACACAUGACUUGUUGUGUGAAAUGUGGCUUGAAGUGAACGCAAAGUGUCGAAUGGCAGAAUUAUAUGAGAUUAGCAUUAUUGGGUUUGUGAGACAAGAUGGUGAUUUGUUAAGCUAGAGGUUUGUAAGGGUACUAUGGCAGAUGUUAAAAGUUAAUGUUCCAUGUGCCACUCUUGGGCAAGGAAGAACAUUACUUAAAGGCGUAUUUACAGAAACAGUACUGUGGAAGGAUAAACUUGUGCCAGUACUGUGAGUCUUGGAAAACAUGUGCCAUAGUAGCUUCACUAGAAGCACACAGUGCG